AUGUCAGACAAUUUACGAGAGGAGUUGCAACAUAAGAAUGAAGAAACCUUGAGAUCUGUCAACGCAAAGGAUUUCAAUUUGCCCGAGGAACUUCACGUUUAUCAUUCGUUGUAUCCACUCGAUAUACGUCAAGAAAAAUCGGUAAAAGUUUUUGGAUACCCGAGUUGGGUAUACAAGUCGACCUGCAGUGUCGAUGGACGAGUUUACAGCUUGAGACGCAUUGAGGGCUUUAGAUUGACGAACGAGGUGGCCAUGUCGACAAUUGAAAAUUGGCGAAAGAUUAGGCACGCUAACAUCGUUUCAAUACGUGAAGCGUUUACCACGAAAGCCUUUGGAGAUCAUUCACUGGUCUUUGUCUACGAUUAUCAUCCGUUGUCACAGACAUUAUUCGACAAACAUUUCUCCUCCACGCAGAUGUCUGCCCAGUUCCAUUCCAACAUUUCUGAAUCAGUAUUGUGGAGUUAUAUCGUGCAAUUGGCGUCGACUCUCAAAACCAUACAUUCAUCAAACUUGGCUGCACGAAUGAUUGAACCUACGAAAAUCUUGCUUACCAGUAAAAAUCGGUCGGUUAAUUGA